CAUAAUCGAAUUUAAAAUUGCAAACUUGCUAUAUUUAGCCUCAGAGGCAAGAAUUUACAAUUUUUCUUUUUAUUCUUAAUCAUAUUAGUAGUUGUUGUUGUUGUCUUGAAAAUUUCACGAUGAUUUGCAUAAAAUAAUUCAAUAACGUUACAACCAUUACAAGAUGAAUUUUUCAGAACAAUCGCAAAUUAAGCUGCAAUCGACAGCAGCCGAUCAAUCCAUCGAUAAUAGAUUGGUCUAUAUUCAACCUUUCGGCGAUGAGGAGAUUCUAUUACCAAUGACUAGACGUGCAGCUAGGCUAUCCGGUUAUCUUGGCGAUCUUAUUGAUUUGAUGGAUCAAAAGGCUUUUGAUGUGGAUUUGGAAAAGUCAACCCCAAUCGAUAGAACCAAUUGUUCAACAAUUCCAUUGAUCAAUCAUACAGCAUGCAAUUUGAAUACAAUGAAAAAUAUUAUCCGAUGGUGCGAAUAUCAUUGUGAUGAUCCAAAACUGGAUGAAGAUAAUUUCGAAGAUUCGGAAGAGGAUGAAUAUGCUAGACGUACAAGAAAACUCGAAGAAUUGCCAUCGUAUUGGGAUCGACGAUUUUUGGCCGAUAUAGCCGGAGAUGAGGAUCAGGUGAAUGGAUGGCAAAAAGUAUCAUCAUUAUUAUGCUAUUCUUGUGUCUCAACUACGCCGGGCUGUACAUUGGAACAGGUUAGUUGGUGGAUCUAUUCAUCAAUCACCUGUCCAGAAUCGGAUGAUAAAUGUGUAAAAAUUAUUGAAAAAGAUGGAGCCGAUAUUCGUGUUACACGUGAUUGUCUAUCAAACAUUAUGUCAUUACGUGAUGAUGUACCUGCCGAUCGUUUUGAAGGAUGUCGAUCAGCCGCACAGAAUCCUAAACGAGCUGUUUUUGUUGACAAUGCAAUCGGUGAAUUAGAAUUGAAGAAAAAUGCAUUCACGAAUACAACAUAUUGUUUCUGUGAAUUUGAUCAAUGGUGUAAUGGAUCAUCAUCUGUAAAUUCAACGUGGACGAUCUUAGUCACUUUAUUCAUGUUAUUGAUUCAUCGGAUAUUUUGAUUAAUUAAAACAUUAACCACACAUCAUUUUUUCAUUAUCAUACAAA